UUAAAAUUCUCGUAUCACAAAAGUUCGAGGUGACAAUUCUCGUACGAAAAUUGGAGGGGAAGAAAGGCUUUCCGAACAGAUAAUUUACCGAAACGAUCCGUUGGGUCCCACUGCGAUAAUAGCAAGUGCAAUGACUAAUUUAGGUUUUUUCUUACUAAUGUGGCCAACAUUUCUAACUUAAGACAAUGUCAAACGGUAUCUUAAACUAUUAAGCAGUCGCAGAAAACGUGUUGAAACAUCAAAUCUUAUCUCAGGGCAUUCGAAAAACCGGGCGGAAAAGGCGGGAAUUGAAGUCUGGCGAGCAGGGAGAUCAGGAUUAUAUAAGACACACGCCUAUCAUGAUAAGCUUCACAAAGUGUCCUUUUUUGUAAGAAGGCACCAAAACACCAAUAAUUCUGUCGAAUAUGAAGUAAUAUGAAAAUGACACUUUGCGAUGAUAAAGAGAAAACAUUUCAUUAGUGUGUAAUCUUGGACAUAAGUGUGAAUUCUUCAGGCGCCGUUUACAUUUGCACAAGUUCACGUCCUUCGUAUGUACUGUACUUACCAGUUGCGUCUGCGUUUUAAGUUUCUUGUAUCACAGAUUUUGCAAAAGAGAAUUGUGGAGAAAAAGAAAAGGAGGUUGGCUAUAGAAUGACCUAAUAAUGAUAAUUAUAACACUUCUAUUUCACAGGUGCUCCUUUAAAGUCGAUUUAUUACCAAACCAUACAUAGACAGGAAGGACUUGACUGGGGGUUUAACUUAGGAAAACCCACGUCCCUCAAAUACAAAGGUCCUGUUUUAAAACCCAACCACGACUUCAUUCAAAUCCGUGCGGAAUUUCCCAAUGGAAUGAUUCAAACUGAUUUUCAUGCACAGGUUAUUCCAAAACCUGCCGUUUUGCAGCGAAAAGCUCGUCAAAGAGCUGGUUUACCAUUGAAUAUCAUUAUUUUGGGACUAGAUCAAACUUCGCGGGCAACUUUCCAGAGGCUGUUGCCUGACUCCUACAAGUUUCUUCGCGAUGAGCUACAAGCGUUUAUGUUCAAAGGAUUUUCUCUUGUUGGCGAAGCGACCACGCCUCAGCUCACAGCGCUUUUGACCGGGAGGACUGUGGAAGAAAAUAAUAAACUUCACGAAGCGCGGACUGGAUUUGCCGGCGCGAGGACCGUGGACGAGUGGCCGUUUAUUUUUAAGACGUUAAAGGAGCAUGGAUACGUUACGCUGUUCAGUGAAGAUGCGCCACCCAUGGGUGCUUUCAACUUGAGGCUCGAAGGUUUCCGCGAGCCCCCUUGCGACCAUUAUGCGCGUCCCUUUUGGUCAGCAGUGCCACACAAUUCUGACAGUGGACUUCAUGAGAAAUGUCUCAAUUCACAACCUCAACACACACUUCAGCUGGAAUACCUGAAAAGCCUGUUUAGAGCAUAUCCCAGGACACCGAAGUUUGGCUUUACUUUUCUGAGUAGUUUAUGUCAUCACGACUCAAUUAUGCCUCUUGGUGCCGCCGCUAAGGACUUCUUUGAAUUUUUUCAAUCCAUCCGAGACGCCGGGUUUUUAAAUGACACCAUGUUUGUCGUUAUGGGAGACCAUGGUGCACGAACCGGCGAGUUCCGAUCAACAAUUCAGGGGAAACUGGAAGAGCGGUUGCCAUUUCUAUCCAUCGCUCUUCCAGCUAGCUUCCGCGCAAGAUAUCCACAAUUAGUGAAGAAUUUCGAGCAGAACACGAAAAUCAUUAUAACCCCGUUAGAUUUACACGCAACUUUUAUGCACGUGUUAAAGUAUCCUGCCGACCCAUCGCAAACAGAACUCACUCGAGGCACCAGCCUCUUUUCAACAAUUCAUCAAAACCGAACAUGUCAAGAAGCUAAGAUUCCGGAGUAUUUCUGUCCUUGUGUCCAGUGGUUGCCUCUCAAUACGACGCACGCGCAUGUCCGCAUGAGCGCUCUACAUGCCGCUGAUCACAUUAACAAAUUACUCGCGGAAGACUCCAGAGUACGCCGUCUUUGUGCAAGACUCACAGUGAAUGAAAUUUUAAGCGCUUGGCAGGAGGCGCCAAGUGUUAAAGUACAGACGUUUAGGGAAAUUAAAAACGGAAUGGGCUUAGGUUUCGGAAAGCCGCUUUUUCAGCCAUCAUCGAGGUCAAGCCCCAGCGAAUGCAGUUAUCAAGUAAAAUUUCGAACAAAGCCAGGCUUCGGAAUAUUUGAGGCGUCUGUUAAAGUCACUGAGGGACAUUUUUUCGUGAAUGAACACAUAAGCCGGAUAAAUAUCUACGGAUCUAAGCCAGAUUGUAUAAAGACCUCACACCCACACCUGAGAAAGUUUUGUUACUGUGUCCGUGACAGCUAAUACGUGUCUUUGAGCAACAGAAUAGAUAUCCUUUGAAAAACUCUUUCAAUCCUGGAUAGCACCAGAUUUCGAAUGGUGCAAGUUACGCAUGUGGAGGUCUGCCAAGGGGCAACACAGCAAAGACGACAUUUCUCAGAAAAUCAGGUUACCUGAACAUUCCAGCAUCUGUGCCAAAAUUAAAUCACAUCGAGUGUCAUAUUAGACAAUAGACAAUUAUAAUGAUAUCGUCUUAGUCUGGAACGGUGUAUCUGUAUGUACUUGUUAAAGACCUCAUAAGCAGGUAUUUUUUUACCGCGCAGUUCACAGCGGUAAUGUCGUAAGUCGGUUUACAAUGUAUGUGAAAAAAAUUCUGCUGAAGAUCUAUCGAUUUGAUUAUCUGUUGAAGAUCUAUCGAUUUGAAGACGUUUCCUCUCAGAAAUCACGUGAUUAACAAUUUUCAUUUGCUAUAUUGUAGCGGCUACCGUGAAUAAGACCUAUUUUAAAAGUCAUUUCCUGUAGAACUGUUGCGCCUCGAAAAUUCAUGAAAUUAUUAAACUUAGAAAAACGCAGGCAGUGAUAUUAUUGUCAUAAAUAUUUAAUCAUCAUUUACAUAAGUGUCUUUGUGUCACGAGACAUUUGAUGAUUGUGAUAAUCCAUUAGGUCUAUUGACAGGUUUCAAAACGAAUGCUGGUUUGUGGCGAGACUAGGCCGGGAGAAUCGCUUCAGCGAUUCCAACACGCGUUUGAUUCGAGGCUGUAGUUUUCGCAUCAAGUAACCACCCUCUCAGUGGCAUAAAGACAGGAGCCUUUGAAAUAAUUCAUUUGAUUCAGGUUGAUCCCUGCAAACAAUCUCAACAGCAUGAAAAAACCUGGGAUUCUUGUUUUCUUGAUAUUGUUUGGUGGAUGCUUUCCGUUCGUGUUCUCCAGAAGAAAACAUCAGCGGACUCGAGACGCAAAGAAAUGCCGAGGUCAGGACCGAGUUAGCGAAGAUGGAAGCGCGUCGUCGAAAGUUUCUACAGGUCAAACGCCUUACAAGCCACAAGAAUCAUCUGUUAGUCUUCCUAAAAAGCAGAAAAAAACAACUUUGUCGUACACGGCGAGAGCCGCUCAUUUCUCAAGACCGCAAAAUUUGAGCGAAAAGGACAAGUUCUGGCUGCAGGCCUACCGCUAUGGAGCACGAUAACUCAUGCGAGGGAGUCGUUUCUCAAAUUGCCAGAUGGGGAAUAGAACGGAUCUAAAUAUAUCUGAAUUUGUUAACAAAGUGGAGUAAAAUUAUGCGAUAUUUGCACAGUAAACGUGACAUGAAGUUAAAGUAGCGAGACGGGAAGAGUUAUAUAUGACCCGGAAGUAUUAAUGUAAACAUGCUUUUGACAACAAAAGCAAGUAGUGUCACAUCUUUGCUUCGCAAGAACUGUACAGAGAACAAAACAAACUAAAGACUAUUUUAUUGGCGAAACAAAAUACUGUUUGUUAUAUAUCUAUACAAUAGAAUAUAAAUCGCCAUUUUGCUGCUAUUUUUUGGGCAGAUUUGUCAAAGAAACCGUGCGCGCCACGAAGGACUUCUUUUGAUUCAUACUUUAUUAAAUUUCUAACAAUUUUUAUCAGUUUAAGUAAAGUUGAAUUAAAGUAAAAUAAAAGUGAUACUCACGAGAGAAAAUUUAGAUA